UUGUUGAGUUGGCCCCACACUCUGAAACCUGAACACACUGAAACCAUCUUCUUGAGUGCUUAAAAAACCACUUUUCUCUUUCCCUAUAAAGCUCCUAAAUUGCAUCACUUUCUUCUUCUAGCUCCUCUUUCACUUUUCCUUUUCCAUCCCAUUAUUUUCAAUUCAAGAACACCUUGAAAAAUAACCCUAGUGAGUUUUGACUUUGUUUGAAAAACAUGGGUAGAGGAAAGAUCGUGAUUCGAAGGAUUGACAAUUCCACCAGCCGCCAAGUGACGUUUUCCAAGAGAAGAACUGGGUUGGUCAAGAAAGCUAGAGAACUGUCUAUUCUCUGUGAUGCAGAAGUUGGAUUGAUUGUGUUCUCCAGCACUGGCAAGCUUUAUGACUAUGCCAGUUCAAGCUUGAAAUCUGUUAUUGAUCGCUAUAACAAGGUCAAAGAGGACCAUCAUCAGUUAAUGAACCCUGCUUCAGAAAUCAAGUUUUGGCAGAGAGAAGUAGCAAGUUUGAGGCAACAAGUGCAGUACAUGCAAGAAUGUUACAGGCAAAUGAUGGGCGAACAACUUUCUGGUUUGGAUAUUAAGGAGUUGGGGAAUCUGGAAAAUCGACUGGAGAGAAGUUUGAAGGGUGUUCGCAUGAAAAAGGAUCAAAUUCUGGUUGAUGAGGUCAAAGAACUACACCAAAAGGGAAGCCAAGCCAAACAAGAAAAUGCCGAACUUCAUAGAAAGAUAAAUCUCAUGCUCAAGGACAACGAAGAACUACAAAAGGUUAUUGAAGCAAAAGGUAGAAAGGAAGGUGCUGCAACAUCAAUUCCUUCUUGCACUAUCAGUUAUGGAUAUGAUAUAUUUGCUCCUAUCAGUCUCAAGCUAAGCCAGCCACAUCACAGUGAACCACAAGCCAAAGCAAUGAAACUGGGAUUAAGCGCCACGUAGAAAGUGUUGGUGAUGAUGUCUGACAAGCUGCCAAGACUUGGUUCCAGUGAUUGUACAAUGCCUAAAUGUACAUGAAAAUAGAUUAUCUCUCAGAAGCUCUAC